ACAAGCAUCCGCCAUGACUCCUAAAAUCUACCAACCGCCAAGUCCAACAGCGGUGGGAGUCUACGGAGGCGACGAUGGCUCCCAGGUAGCAUCAUUCUACAAGGACCGGGUAGUGCUCAUAACAGGUGGAACAGGGUUCGUCGGAAAGGUUCUCCUGGAAAAACUCCUGCGAUCUUGUUCCGGUCUGAAGAGGGUUUACUUACUCAUGCGUAGCAAGAAAGGGAAAGAACCACAGUCGAGACUCAAGGAAAUGUUCAACUCUCAGGUAUUCGAACGGCUAAAGCAAGAGCAGCCAGGAGCUUUUGAAAAAGUGACGGCACUGGCCGGAGACAUUGUUCAGCCAGACUUGGGACUCAGUACAUCCGAUCGGGCCACCUUAUUGGACAAUGUCUCUGUCGUCUUCCACUCGGGUGCCAUGAUCAAGUUCAACGAAACUCUCAGGAAAACAUUUGAGGUCAACGUUUUAGGCACAAGGCGAGUUCUGGACCUCUGUAGGUCGGCAGGUAAAGAUGUCAUGGGCACUACGGAACAAUACUUGUUUGGUCAUCCGAAUACGUACACUGUGACUAAGAGUUUAGCAGAAUCACUGCUGCACCAAGAACGGGGAGACAUCCCCGUCGCUAUUGUGCGGCCUUCCAUCGUCACUGCCUCGUUGAAGGAACCGCUUCCGGUGAGCCAUUCCACUCACCUGAACAUGAAAUAUCAGACAUAUGCUCCCUUUAUAUUGACACGUGUACUUCUUUACCUUUUUUCGUGUGACCGCGUUUCACCGUCUAACAAAUGUUUGGGCCUGCUACCGUUGCUCAUUACGGAGAAGAAGAACUUAGCCGACAUUGUUCCAGUAGACAUUGUGGCAAAUACGCUCAUAUGCGUCGCCUGGCACACUGCUAAAACAAGGCCACCGUACAUGAAAGUGUACCACUGCACGAGCGGCACCCUGCAGCAACACACGUGGGCCGAGGUGGUUGACGCGAUGCAGAGAGCCAUCUUGCGACACCCACUGCCAAAUGCCAUCAGCUAUCCAAAAAUUGUCAUGACCAACAGCCAGCUGUGGUACGACAUCAACCUCUACUGCCUGCGUUAUCUGCCUGCACUAGCCGCAGACAUGGCUUUGCAGCUAGCUAGAAGAGAUCCAAGAUUCGUGCAAAGUUACAAGAAGGUUCGUAAAAGCACGGAUGCUGCACAGUACUUCGUGACUCACGGAUGGCUAUUCAGAACGAACAAUGUCGUGAGGCUCAUGCGUGACCUUUCUCCCAAGGAUAAACAGAUGUUUAACAUUGAUAUGCGGAGCCUGGACUGGUACGCGUAUUGGGAUGAAUACUUGCUGGGAAUUCGCAAGUAUCUAUUCAGGACUGUAGAUUCAGAGCUUCCAAAGGCACAAAGGCAGUUGACACGCCGCAUACCUCAUGAGAGCGAGCUUGAUGCGCUAUACCACAUAAGACACGAGUUCUGUAUGGGUGCAGACAGGCUGUUGCUGUUCUCAAGGAAGUGCGUGGCACAUGUCGGGGGGCGAAGAUGUACCACAACGAUGAAUAUUAGGACCGUGCAAGUCACAACUAAAAGAGGAAGAACGGCGCCAGAUCAUAAAAGCGACCACCGAGAAAUGCAUGGAGCUGAACAGCCGGUUAGGCUGCAGUUGAAGACAUCUGCAUGGAGUCUGUCCGGAAAGCGGCCGCUUCAUGGAGAAGAACUGCAGGGGCGGCAACGUCAUCUGUUCCCCGCGACAUCCAUCUCAUGCGCUGAAAUCCUUUCGCAAACUGCGCACCGACAAGCAUCCACCAUGACACCUGAAGUCUACCAACCACCAAGUCCAACACCGGUGGGAGUUUACGGAGGGAACGAUGGCGCCCAGGUAGAACCGUUCUACAAGGACCGGGGGGUGCUCAUUACAGGUGGAACAGGGUUCGUCGGAAAGGUUCUCCUGGAAAAACUCCUACGAUCUUGUUCUGGACUGAAGAAGGUUUACUUACUCGUGCGUACUAAAAAAGGGCAAGAACCACAGGCGAGACUUGAGGAAAUGUUCAACUCAAAGGUUUUCGAACACCUAAAGCAGCAGCAACCAGAAGUUUUUGAAAAAGUAACAGCACUGGCCGGAGACCUGCUUCAGCCAGACUUGGGACUCAGUGCAUCUGAUCAGGCCACCUUAAUGGACAAUGUUUCAAUUGUCUUCCACUCAGGUGCCACGAUAAAAUUCAAUGAACCUCUCGGGAAAGCAGUUGAAGUCAACCUUUUAGGCACAAGGCGAGUCCUGGACCUCUGUAGGCAAAUUCCAAAUAUUUGCGCUCUUGUUCACGUGUCAACAGCAUAUUGCAACUAUGAUAAACCAGAUGUCCACGAGGUGAUAUACCCGCAGUGUGAAAAUUCCCAAGAGAUUAUAGACCAUUUUCAGUCCGCUGGCACAGAUGCGACAGGCACUAGGGAAGAAUGCUUGUUUGGCCAUCCGAACACGUACACUCUGACCAAGAGUUUAGCCGAAGCACUGCUGCUCGAAGAACGGGGAGACAUUCCCGUCGCCAUCGUACGGCCUUCCACCAUCACGGCCUCGAUGAAGGAGCCACUUCCGGGCUGGGUAGACAAUUAUAAUGGCUGUACUGGCAUCGCCGUGACGUCAGGUUUGGGCCUGCUACCGUUGCUCCUUACGGAAAAGAAGAACCUAGCCGACAUUGUUCCAGUAGACAUUGUGGCAAAUACUCUUAUAUGCGUCGCCUGGCACACUGCUAAAACAAGGCCAACGUACAUAAAAGUGUACCACUGCACGAGCGGCACCCUGCAGCAACACACGUGGGCUGAGCUGGUUGACGCGAUGCAGAGAGCCAUCUUGCGACACCCACUGCCAAAUGCCAUCAGCUAUCCAAAAAUUGUCGUGACCAACAGCCAGCUGUGGUACGACAUCAACCUCUACUGCCUGCGUUAUCUGCCCGCACUCGCCGCAGACAUGGCUUUGCAGCUAACUAGAAGAGAUGCAAGAUUCGUGAAGAGUUACAAGAAAGUUCGCAAAGGCAUGGAUGCUGCACAAUACUUCGUGACCCACGGAUGGCUUUUCAGAACGAACAAUGUCGUGAGGCUUAUGCAUGACCUCUCUCCCGAGGAUAAGCAGAUGUUCAAUGUUGAUAUGCGGAGCCUGGACUGGUAUGCGUAUUGGGAACAAUACUUGCUGGGAAUUCGCAAAUAUAUAUUCAAGGCCGAAGAUUCCGAGCUUCCAAACGCACAGAGACAUUUGACACGGCUCUACGUAGUUCGUUUGUCCUUGCAGGCGCUCCUGCUUGCUUUAGCUUGUCGACUGGUGACGACGCAGACAGCAUGGAACUUCGGCUCCACGGCGAUGCUGCUUGGUGUAAAGACGUGGAAAACGCUGCUAGUCCUGUUGGGUCUUCCACCAAAACUGUAGCAGGCAAUCGAACAACUGCCCCUUGCAAAAGCUUUUGUGCGCUGUCGUAAAACGUCUGUAUGCGUCUAUGAGCUUUAUAGAAUCUCUAUAAGGAAGCUGUCAACUUGUGCAUAAUUUUCAAGCUACUAACAAAGACUGUCUAGAAGCAGCCAUAAAGAAGUCUAUGGACCAGAAACUGAGUAAAUGUAGUAGAGUUAAUAGAUGCUGUCGUUAGACAGUCUCUAGAUUUUGUAUAAACUAAAGUAAAUGUCUGCAGGAAUUCAAAUCAGUCGGCUAGAUGUGCUACACAGAUUGUCAAGGGACCAUUUAAGGGCAUAAAAGAUGUAAUCACCAUAAGCAUAACGCUCUUCUGUAAUCCGCACCACAAACUUUCAGGCAAGGACAUAUCUUCCCGAGGCUCUGUGAUCAGAACAAACCACAGUGGCAAUGGAGCAUGUGUAGUCCUAACGCGGAAGUGGAAAGAUAUCAUGAAGUGUCAAGCUGCAGGCAUGAUGAAUACAGGGAAGCCACAUGGUCGCAUGGAAUGAGCGAUCAAGCUUCUUCAGUGUCAUGUCUUGUGCUAGUUCUGAGCCUUAGGUCCCUUGCUCAUACCAGUGAAUGGCAUGCCGGGGCGUAAUCAGUUGUGCCACUGCCUACGCUUUGAGAACGCGACCAAAAAUGUUGUUGUUGUUGUUGUUGUUGUUGUUGUUGUUGUUGUUGUUGUUGUUGUUGUUGUUGUUGUUGUUGUUGUUGUUGUUGUUGUUGUUGUUGUUGUUGUUGUUGUUGUUGUUGUUGUUGUUGUUGUUGUUGUUGUUGUUGUUGUUGUUGUUGUUGUUGUUGUUGUUGUUGUUGUUGUUGUUGUUGUUGUUGUUGUUGUUGUUGUUGUUGUUGUUGUUGUUGUUGUUUGAAUUUAUGCAAUUAAAUGUG